AUGGCGCUUGGCGAUUUCCUCCAGGACUCAAGCUACGGAGGAUCAUGGGCUGAUGAGGUCGAGGAUACGUUCAGCACUCAGGCUCUGCCCGCCCCCGAGCGCGCUGGCUACCGUCCCAGCCAAGGUGGCUGGGGUAGCGGCGGCGGCGGCGGCGGCGACCGUUCUGAGCGAAGAGACUACGGCGGCUACUCUUCCAUCCGCGAAAACCUUCCCCAGAAGCUUCCCGAGAGACCCCCUUACACUGCCCACCUGGGCAACUUGUCGUACGAUGCUACCGAGGAGACUGUCAACGAGUUCUUUGAGGGUUGCGACAUCAUCAGCGUCCGCAUCAUUGAGGACCGCGAGCAGCAGCGCCCCAAGGGUUUCGCUUACGCCGAGUUCAAGGACCUCGAGGGACUGAAGCAGGCUCUGACUCUGGAUGGCCAGACCUUCCAGGGGCGUGCUAUCAGAAUCAAGAUUGCUGACCCUCCCCGCAGCGGUGACCGUGGCGGUGAAUCCAGCCGCGACUUCAGCGACUGGUCCCGUAAGGGUCCCCUUCCCGACUUGCCCGGACGUGGUGGCAACGACCGUCGCCCCUCCGACUUUGGCGAGCGCCGUGGACCUCGUGAGCCUCGCGAGCCCCGCGAGGAUGACGGCAAGGUCCGUGACUUCGGCAACUGGGAGCGUAGAGGUCCCCUUUCUCCCGUUGCUCCCAAGGAGACUGGCUCCCGCGAAGGCAGCCGCCCUCGUACCAACGACGGACCCCGUGAGUUCCGUGACCGUCGUCAGUCUCCCGCCGCCUGGGGUGAAGGUCAGGCCCCCCGUCAGGACUCUCGCCCUCCCCGCCCUGAGCGCGUCCCCACUGCUGCCGAGAAGGACAACCAGUGGAGAUCCAACAUGCGCCCCGACGCUGCUGGCAAGUCCGGCAGCCAGUCUCGCGACGGCAGCGAGGCCCCCUCUUCUCCUGCCGCCGCUCCUGCCGCCCCCGUCGGCCGCCCCAAGUUAAACCUGGCCAAGCGUACCGUCUCCGAGGCUCCCGACGUACUGUCCCCCUCUGGCAAUGACUCCAAGGCCAGCCCCUUCGGUGCCGCUCGUCCCAUUGACACUGCCGCGAAGGAGCGUCUGAUUGAGGAAAAGAAGCAGCAACAGCUGAAGGAGAAGCGUGAGGCCGAGGAGAAGGCCAAGGAGGAGCGCCGUCUCGCCAAGGAGGCUGCCGCCAAGGAGGCUGAGGAGAAGGCUGCGCAAGAGGCCGCUGCCGCGGCUAAUGGCGAGAGCAAGGAGGCUGAGGAGGCCCCCAAGGAGGACGCUCCUCAGGAAGGCGAGGCCCCCAAGGAGACCAGCGGCUCCGACGAGCAGAAGGUGCCCAUCCGAUCUAGGGAGCCCAGGGAGCCCAGGGAGCCCAGAGAGCCCAGAGAACCCAAGGAGGCACCCAAGUCUCGCGCUGCCGAGGCCAACAGCUGGAGAUCAGCUGGUGCCCCUCGUGGCCCCCCGGGUGGACCUCGCGGUGGUCGUGGUGGAGCCCGUGGCGGCGGCCGAUUUGAAGGUCGCGAAGGUGGCCGCGAGGGUGGCCGUGAGGGUGGUCGUGAAGGUCGCCCCGCUCGCUCUAACGGCCCUGCCGCCGAGAAGCAGUCGCCCGCUUCCCCGUCCGCUGAGCCUGCCGACUCUGCUGCCCCUGUCGAAGACGACGGUUGGACCACAGUCCCUAACAAGGGCCGUCGCAACGUUGGCCCCCGGGGCGCUGCCUAG